AUGGCGGAUCAAUCCAAGACCUAUCCCCCGAAUCCGGCUGCUUCCACUCGCGACCAACAAGAUGAACGGAUGAUCCGAAUGGUGACUACUGCACUUCUUCAGCUGCAGUUGGAAAUACCUGCACCGGUGGUAGCUUCCGUCCCUCGUCCCAAGAUCAAGGAACCAGAAAUUUACGACGACUCGGAUACCUUGGCUUUACGCCACAACACUACUGCGAGGUUUCCCACUUCCAAGGGGAAAAGAGACACAGAUAUACGAAAUGAGCACUACAAUUAUGUGAAGAUUGGUGAACCAAACUGGAAUCAACGCCGACGGCAGCUUUGGGAUCUGAACUUGCAGCAUGAGGAACGGGUUCACUGGGGUUUGGUAUUUUUAUAUGUACCAUGCCCACCGUCAAUGACGCUUUUCUCCGACGACUUUGACACAUGGUUUCUCGGUGCCAAGGCCGGAAAGGACAUGCAGCGAGCGGCGACGGCAACCGGUAACCGGUAA